GAGGAGAAGGAGGAGCCGGACCUCGCCGGGGAGGACGGGACUACAACGCCCGGCGUCCUCCGGCUCGGGGAGGGCUCGCUUGUCCUUCGAUCGCCGGGCUUGAGGCUGAAUUUGGGGAAGUGCGCGAGGGGCUGACUCCGGAGGCGAGCGGCUUGGCUGGUGCGCGGGCGAGCGCCCGCUUCUGCGCUUUUGGAGAGGUGGGCGCUGGGGUCAUAUUUUUUGUUGUUGUGUCUCUCUCCUCACCUUUCUCAACGAGGGAUCGUGCGUAAAGAGGGGCGCGAGAGGUAGGUAGGUGCCCGGCGUCGGGGUGGGCAGUAGCAUGGCGCAGGAAAUCUCCCAGCCAGGAGGUGCCCCCCGCCUUCUCCAAGGCACGACCGGGCUGCAGCCGGCUGUGGCUUGCAUAGCCUCGGGCUGCGUGCGCGCCUUGGAGAGGUGGCACAUAAAGAGCUUGCGGCUGUUGCGUCCGCGCCCCAGCGUGGAUUUAUCCGGUGUGACCGCUAGGCUGGAAGGUCCCCCCCACCUUUUUUCCUCGGCCUUUUCCGCUCGGUGAGGACACCCUGUAAUCCCCCAUGACGUGGCCAGUAAUCGCCCUGCCGCCGCCUGCUGCUCGCCGGCUGGCUGGCGCGGCGCUGGGUUGCCAGGUGGCGGGGCUGCUCCGGUGUCUUCUGAGCUGCUGUUUGCAAGGAGCUUUCCCCAUCACUCUCCUUGCCCGGGCCUGGAAAAAAGAACCUGUAGCUGCACAGGAGCCCCUGGAGAACGAGGCAGGCCGAGGCCGGUUUCCGAUUUCCACUUGCUUAUCUGCCUACACGGUUUCCACAGACGGGUAGCAACGAAAAGAACAAAGGGCAAUGCGGCACCUUUCCGUUUAUUACGGCGUGAACUUUCAUAGACUGCUGGGGUCCCUUCUGCACAAGGAUGCACGAGCUGCUUGAGAGGGGAUCUUAAGCUUUUGUGCCGCUGCACCCCAGAAUAAGUUUUGGGCUAUAUCACACCAUGCAUCCUGUGGCUGGGAGACUCCUCAUUGCAUGAUCCCUAACUCGUGGCACACACUUUGAACAAUGCACCUCCAUGCUGCACUUCGGAAUAAGGGUCUGGAUAUUUUUUUUACUCCCAAGUAAACAGGGCACCCCGCAUGAUGCACCCACAUCAACACUGGGAGACCAUCCCCUACAGUGCUCUAGCUAGCAUUUCUUUGGGGGGACAAGUCACUCUUCAACAUGCUACCCAUGCCAGUAGUUACCAGUAUUAAUAAAGUGUGGGUGUGUGUCCAAAAUAAGCAUUGAUAUAUCUGUACCACCAGGAGCCUACAAAGUGCCACAGUCCAGGCCACUUUUUGUGGGCAUGUUUUGCAAGGACAGUCUUCCGAGUCUCUGUUGACCAUUUUAUUGGAGAACUCAUGUUUUGCUUUAAAUUGCUAAGCAAGUUGCAAAAUUUCUAAAAGUUUCAAUUUCCUUCAGACAAGCCCCAAUUGCUUACCCGGGUCUCUCCCUCCUUUUAACAAUCUUAUGUAUUUCGUGUUCUGUAGCUUUCUACUGACGGUCAAUGGGCUGUAAAUAAGGCCUAUAUUCAUUCAAAUUAUAAAGAAUGUGAAUCUUAGGUUGUGUACUCCUACAUCCAAGCUUUGAAUCGCCACAGAUGGCAUAUCCACAGCAGUUGAUGUCCGUGUAAUUAAGGAAUUGUGAGUUAGCAAUCCUGAAUAUAAUUUGGGCUGUCUCAAGGGACAUCGAGAUGCCUCCACAUUUUCUCCAGGCCAAGGCUUUGUUUUGUACAAGUAGCUCUAAGGCAUGAUGACACAAAGCCUUUUUCUUCUUCUUUGCAAUACAUACACCAACAGAUAUGCACCUGGGAAGGGCAGGGAGGGUUUUGUAACCCAAAUGCAGUCUUGGACCACCCCUCAUCAUACACUUCUUUUUGCUGAGUACUGUUUCUCCCCUGAGCACUCAUGCCUUAGCAUCUUGUUUUUGCCCAGAUCUCAUAGAUUCGAAUAAUAGAACUGCAGGGUUGGAAGGAACCCCGUGGGUCAUCUAGUCCAAUCCCCUGCAGUGCAGGAAUCGCUGCUAAAGAAUCCCUGGCAGAUGGCCAUCCAAUCUCUGUUUAAAGAGCCAGUGUGGUGUAAUGGUUAAGAGCGGUGGACUCGUAAUCUGGUGAACCAGGUUCGCUUCCCCUCCCCUCCACAUGCAGCUGCUGGGUGACCUUGGGCUAGUCACACUUCUCUGAAGUCUCUCAGCCUCACUCACCUCACAGAGUGUUUUUUUGUGGGGGAGGAAGGAUAAGGAGAUUGUUAGCUGCUUUGAGACUCCUUAGGGUGGUGAUAAAGCGGGAUAUCAGAGCCAAACUCUUCUUCUCUUUAAAAAGCUCUCAACGAAGGAGAGUGCAGCACCUUCCCAGGGAGAUUAUUCCACUGUCAAACAGCUCUUACCCUCUUAUUCUAUAUGAUUCUUGCAAUUUGAAUCCAUUGGUUUGGGUCUAUGGAGCAGCAGAAAACUAAGCUUGUUCCACCUUCUAUGUGACAGCCCUUCAGAUAUUUGAAGAUGGCUAUCAUACAGCUCUCAGUCUUCUCUAGGCUAAACAAUACCCAGCUCCCUCAACUGUUCCUCAUAAAGCUUGACCAGUGGUUAGGUGUGAUGUGAAUUGUAGUCCAGCAGGUAUCUGGAGGACAAUCACAUCAGUAGGUCCUGUGGAAAAGACCCCGUGGUACCCAGCUAGAUUGGAGAAGACCACACAGGCUCCUCCCACCCAGCGAGCCUCACCUGUUGAACCAGGCUGUGUGAAAAGAGACUGGUCCUGGUCCUUGUUGUGGCAGCUUUAUUUCCAAACCCUCUUCUGUAAUGCUGAAGGAUGAAGCAGGGGAAUGUGUCUUGAGUGGAACAGCACACCAUAUGCUGCAUGUCACGGGUACAGGCAGCUAAAGCGCACUGGAGAUAUUUCCGAUGACCACUGACCCGCUCUGCAAUGGAAAACUAGCUCAGACCCAUCUCAGGUUAGUCUGAAGCUCCAUGUGGGAGCUUGAACAAGUCACAGCAGCAUUUUAGGCCUUGGAACUCUGACUCAGCAUGUAAAGUAUAUAAUAGCCCCCUGUUUUCUUAUUUAAGGGGUACUGUUUAAAUACAGCAUUAAUAAUCCCAGCUGAAAAUGUGCUCUACGAGGAUAGAGAGAGUGGUGGAAAAAUGGACUGGGUAAGGGUGAUGAAGGAGCAGCCAGACUGGGUGAGAUGCAGGCUCCAGGGACGACCCAAAGCUGAGUUUGGUCUGGUUCCGCACUUGUCUUUUAUGCUGUACGGAAUAUAGGCAGGGUCGUUUUACUAAGAGCAAUGCACACCGUUUGUAAAUGGAUUAUAGAGCUCUCUGAAGUAAUGUUAGAGUAAUAAUCUGAUUUCCACUUUGAAGAAGGAGAGAAGAGGCUCACAAGCAGAGGAGGAAUCUAUUGGUUAUGUUAAAAGGGUAAAAUGGGAAGAAAGGUGAUGUUCUCUGGCUUCUACACCCUCAGUCCACCAGCGGUGGAAAGUGUGUCUCUGGGGGUGUCAAAAGUUACCAGUCUCUCUCCCUGGUUCUGCCCAGGCUGCUCUGUUGGCAAAUCAGACAGAGCAAGGGUUAUGACUACUGGCCACCCAUCCCCAGUUUGGCGCAGAAAGUGGUACCUAGUGACAGUAGACUCAGAACUGUUUGCGGUAAACAGCUCCAGCAUUAUUUAGGAUAACUUGGAAGUCAUACUUUAUUCAGUGGGGCUUCCUUUCAGGAAAACGUGCAGCGUACAUAUUUAAAGCACCUUGUUUGCGGGGCCUCUUUUUCUGUGUGGAUCCCUGCUUGUGGAACACUCUCCCCUGGAAGGCUCACCUGGUGCCUUCAUCACAUAUCUUUAUGUGCCAGCAAAAGCGAUGUUCUUCUCCCAGGCCUUUGGCUAAUUAAACAAUCUAUGGACUUUUAAAUUGGGGGGCAGGGGUUAUUGUUUCCGUUUGUUGUGAUGCUAUGCAUUUUUGUGUUUUUAAUGUUGUAAACCGCCUCGUGAUCUUGAGGUGAGGGGCUGUGUAUAAAUUUAAUAAAUAAUAAGUAAUUCAGAUACCAAACUGCAAUAUAUUUUGCACCCCUUUCUGCUCCAUAAAAUGGGUGUGGGGAGGGAGUCAGUGUUUGAAGCCUUAAAAGAUUACAGUGGUACCUCUGGUUGCCAACGGGAUCCCUUCUGAAGACCCGUUCACAACAUGAAAGAAACACAACCCACAGCGGCACAUCUGCGCACGCGUGGGUUGCAAUUUGCCACUUCUGUGCAUGCGCGUGACAUCAUUUUGUGCCUCUGCGCAUGCGCGAGUGGCGAAACCCUUUCCGGUACUUCCGGGUCGCCGCAGGACGUAACCUGAAAGAAUGUAACAUGAAGCGGACGUAACAUGAGGUAUGACUGUAUUGUGCCCUAAAUGUAUGUACCAAUUUUCAUUGUGAUAUCUGUUACACAGGGUUCUGUGGCUUUGCAAGGCGUCUUGAAAACAAGUUUAGGGAGGUUAGGGGAGAGAAAACGCUGCCUCUCUUACUCAAAUAUCUCCCUGUCAAAUCCUGGAUAGUAUAUAAUCCAGCAACAGCUGAAGGGCACCGUGUUGGCUUCCCCUGUUUUAGGGGGAAUCACCUUGAGCCAGUCCUUGACACCAGAAACAUAAAAGUUACUCUGUCGUCUUUUCACCUAGUCACAAGUGUUGUGAUUUCCUCUCUAUCCCGUGGUCCAAUAUUUGGUGGUGUAGGUAAGACUGUGGCUGGCACGUCAUCAGACCUGUAUUGCUUCCAGCCCAGCCCACAAUAAUACUUAGCACGGACCUGUUUUUUAAGUGUUCAGAGCACUUAAAACAUUCCUAGCAGAGAUGGCAUUUGAGUUGCAACAGCUUGACCGCCACUGAGCUUCCAGAAACGGUCAGAGUGAAGAGAUCCAAUCCUAGCAUCCUUUGAACCGUAUACCAUGGUUCUCCCCGCACUUCCUCAGGAUUUCCUCUGAUUUUCUCCUCUCCCUUCCGCAGGCAGUAAGAUGGCCGUUCGAAAUGUACUCGUGACAGGCUGCUCUUCCGGCAUUGGCCUCGCCCUGGCAGUGCGUCUGGCCAGAGACGAGCUGAAGCGAUUCCGAGGUGAGGAGCUGCCUGGAUCCAGGGACCAGUUGAUAGGGAGCAGGGAGGGAACAGUGCAGCUCCUUGGAAGAAUCAGAGCAAUGGAUCCCAUUCUUCAUUCCUGAGCCUACUGCUGCAUUCAGUCCCUGCCAGGCUUUGCACCCAGAGGUGCUUUUCAGGUUCUACACUGAGGUGUGGAUGUCUCAGAGGCAACUGCAGUUUAAACAUGCAAAACAUUGGCACUGGUGUAAGAGUAUAUAAAGCGGGUGGGUUAAAAAGCCAUUUCCCUGUCAAGUCCUAGGCUUGUUUUCUUCCUGACAAGUUACCGUAUUUUUCGCUCUAUAGGACGCACCUGAGCAAAGGACGCAACUAGUUUUUAGAGGAGGAAAACAAGUAAAAAAUAUUCUGAAUCAAAUCAGUGUCAGGGCUGAAGGGGGAAGCCCGGGGUUUCCCCAUAAAGCCCCGGCAUCCCCAAGCUAGAACAGCGAGAUGCUGCGCAGCGCUCCGUGUCUCUGUUCUGGCUUUGGGGACAGCCUUUCAAGCCUCCGCAGGGCAGCGGGGUGCCUUCACCCCGCUGCCUUGCGGAGGCUUUGCACAGCUAACCCCAAAGCCUUUGGAGCGCAGCGCGAGGUCCCGCUGCGCUCCAAAGGCUUCAGGCGGCUAUCCCUGAAGCCGGAGAGCGAGAGGGGUCGGUGCACACCGACCCCUCUCUCUCUCCAGGCUUCAACAAAAGCAACGCGUAACCUCCGGAGCGCGGAGGGAGCGCUCCCUCUGCGCUUUGGAGGCUUCGCGUUGCUUUCGCUGAAGCCAAGGAGCCUGCAUUCGCUCCAUAGGAUGCACAAACAUUUACCCUUCAUUUUUGGAGGGGGGAAAAGUGUGUCCUAUAGAGCGAAAAAUGCGGUAGUUUUCCUAUAUGCAGUGAGGAAAACUCACGUGUGCAGGUCUCUGGCUUCUGCCCCUUCCACGUUUGUGGAGACAUUAGGCAUUCAGUUUUGCACCUGCAGCCUGAAGUGGAACAUGGCCUUGGAUGCUAUAGUUAUUGUUUGGUAUUCUGAACACCUUUGAGCGUUGUUAGAUUGCCUUCCCUAACAGAGGAGUAUCUUGGAGUACUAACUCUAGUUGGUGCAUGCCCCCUGCCAAACCCCACAGCCUUGAGUAUUUCUGAAAGAACUCACCCCUCACCCUCAAUAUCCCAGUGGUGUCAUGUAACUCUUUCCCCUCUCUCCCUAGUUAUUGCCACCAUGAGGAAUUUGGAGAAGAGUCAAGAACUGGUGAAGCAUGCAGGGCCUGUGCUGGAGAAGACUCUGGAAAUCAAGGAGAUGGAUGUGACCAGCGAGGAAUCGAUCCGACGCUGUGUGGACAGCAUCCCCCAUCACAGGGUGGAUGUGCUUGGUAGGAAAACUGUUCCCCUGCAGCCUCAGUAUUGGUUUUGAGGACUUUUUGAAGAAGGAAUUCAACCCUUAGAGGCGCGCCUAAUUGUGGGUGGUGCUGUGGUCUAAACCACUGAGCCUCUUGGGCUUGCUGAUUGGAAGGUCGGUGGUUCGAAUCCCUGCGACGGGGUGAGCUCCCAUUGCUCUGUCCCAGCUCCUGCCAACCUAGUGGUUCGAAAGCACACCAGUGCAAGUAGAUAAAUAGGUACCGCUCCAGUGGGAAAGUAAAAGGCAUUUCCGUGCGCUCUGGUUUCCAUCAUGGUGUUCUGUUGUGCCAGAAGCAGUUUAGUCAUGCUGGCCAAUUGACCCGGAAAGCUGUCUGUGGACAAAUGCCGGUUCCCUCAGCCUGAAAGAGAGAUGAGCAUCGCAACCCCAUAACCGCCUUUGACUGGACCUAAAUGACCAGAGGUCCUUUACCUUUACCUUUUACCUACCUAAAUGUGUUUCUAGUGAUAUUCUUAAUUUAGAAGCUGGUCUUACCUCAUUAAGUAGCACGGCAUGGAAAAGUUUUGUUAUUUAUUAGCUCCAAAUUUGCUCCUUUGCCACCUUCAGGUCUUUGGCCCAUCAGGUGCUGGUUAACCCUCUUGGCCUUUGUGGAAAAGUGAGCUUAAUGGGGAGAAAUUACAUUGUUGGCUUUUCUCCUCUUAUCUGCUGACAGUGGAAGUAGAGCAAGCCAAAUCUUUGGGUAAACAGAGAAUAAAGGAUAUGAGAGUGUGGCAGCUACAUGCAUUAGCUAGCGGACCACGUAAGCCAUGCUGUUUAAGCCUGACUUGGUCUGCUUUUAACAAUUAUAUGCCUUUAUUUGAAUGCUUCAUCAAGACCUAAAUAGAGUGGAGCUGUUUUAUUGGGCCAUUUGAACAUUUGGCUUUCAAAGAUCUUAGAUGGCGAAUCUCUUAAAAGUUUGUUUUAUAGCUAGAUAUAAUUCCUAUGAGGUGGGAAAGAUCUCCUGUGUGUUCUUUUUCUAAAUCAUGUUAUCAGAGAAUCAUUAUGCAUUUUUUAAAUGAGAUUGAUUCCCGGUUGGUAUCUAGAAAUUCUUUUAAGUACCGUAUUUUUCGCCCUGUAGGACGCACCGUCCCAUAAGACGCACCUAGUUUUUUGAGGGGGAAAUAAAGGGGGGAAAUAUUAUUUUCCCCCCAGGCGUGGGGCUGGGGCGGGGGAAGCCCGAGCUUUCCCCGACUCCAGCCCCCAGAACAGGCAACUCUCCGCAAGGCGCGGGAGCCCAGUGCCGGGCUCCCGCGCCUUGUGGAGAGCUGCGCGAAGUCUGGGCGCGCUGAGCUCAGCGCGCCCAGGCUUCAGCAUGCAGACAACUCUCCGCAAGCCUGGAGAGCGAGAGGGGUCGGUGCGUACCGACCCCUCUCGCUCUCCAGGCUUCAGCGAAAGCCUGCAUUCGCCCCAUAGGAUGCACACACAUUUCCCCUUCAUUUGGGGGGGGGGGAGUGCGUCCUAUGGGGCGAAAAAUACGGUAUCUUCUCAGUAAAUUUAUUUCUGAGCUGAUGGCUGAUUGCCUGAAUGUCGUUGUCUCUUGGAUCUGCUAUGACCGUUUGACCUUACCUUGCCAUUCUUUAUAAUUUGGUUUUCUUGAGGCCUUGGUUUUGUAUUUUACACUUUGCGUUUUCUCUUAUUGGUCAGUGUGCUGUAAUAAAUGCCUGUGUAACAGACCACAGGUAGCUGCCUCCUGCUUCGAAGUGGACAGUGUCUGUUUUCUAACAAGACCUGCUAGGCUAUACAAUCGUGAUUUUGUUUCGGCACAGACGGGCCUGUGUAAUGCUGGGCCCAGCCAGCCGUGGCUAAAUAGUGAUCCUCGCUCUGGAUUGGACUUGGAUCCCACAAGUAUCUCAUAUUGUCCGCUGUGGAUUAAGCCACUUCAUUAAACCACUGUACGGAGUAGAGCUUAUGCCAAUUCUCACGGCUCAUUUGGCAGGCACAGUCUGGAGCUGAAGCAAUCCAGGGUGCCUUUUUUCCUCACGCAAAAAACACUUGCAUGAGCGCUUCAUUAAACGUACAGGUUGUGGGGCUCCACCCCAUUGUGAAAGCCUUCGCAAGCAGGUUGAAUGCGGAUGGGGCAAGAUGUAAUCUGUGCUCACGGUGAAGCAGGCAAGCCCGUGAGCAUAAACCCCGUGAGCGCAACAUUGCAACAGGCCCAGACGGUCACAGGAAUUCUCAGCUGGAAGUGGUGUGUUUCAGCAGGAGCCUUGUAGCUCAAACUGUGGGACAUUAGCCCUUCAAGGAGCAACUGGUUGCAAACCAGGUAUCCAGCUGUACAGUAUCUAGAGGCUGGUAGAAGGUAAAUGGCAGAAUGAAUGCCGUCGUUUCAUUAUCUCCGCUGAUGGAAGACACCUCCAGCAAGGAUAUCGUCGGCCCAGUACAGUGGUACCUCGGGUUACAUUCCGCUAACCCAGAAAUAUUACCUCGGGUUAAGAAAUUUGCUUCAGGAUGAGAACAGAAAUCGGGCUCCGGCGGCACGGCAGCAACAGGAGGCCCCUUUAGCUAAAGUGGUGCUUCAGGUUAAGAACAGUUUCAGGUUAAGAACGGACCUCCAGAACGAAUUAAGUACUUAACCCGAAGUACCACUGUAUACCUGAAGGAGCGUCUCCACCUCCAUUGUUCAGCCCAGACACUGAAGUCCAGCGCCGAGGGCCUUCCGGUGGUUUCCUCACUGCGAGAAGUGAGGUUACAGGGAACCAGGCAGAGGUCAUUCUUGGUGGUAGCACCCGCCCUGUGGAACACCCUCCUAUCAGAUGUCAAGGAAAUAAACAACAACCUGACUUUUAGAAGACAUCUGAAGGCAGGUCUGUUUAGGGAAGUUUUUAAUUUUUGAUGGUUUAUCGUGUUUUUAAUAUUCUGUUGGGAGCCGCCCAGAGUGGCUGGGGAAACACAGCCAGAUGGGCGGGGUAUAAAUAAAUUAUUAUUAUUAUUAUUAUUAUUAUUAUUAUUAUCUCUGAAAAGCACCACCUUGCCCUGUUCUCUAUUGCUAACUGACUCCUUACCCUUGCAGUGAACAACGCUGGUUUAGGCAUGAUUGGACCGGUCGAAAGUCAGAGCAUGGCCUCAAUGCAGCAGCUCUUUGAUACCAAUUUCUUUGGCUUGGUGCGCCUUAUCCAAGAAGUCUUCCCUGGCAUGAAGCGCCGACGACAGGGACAUGUCGUCGUGAUGAGCAGCGUCCUGGGCUUGCAAGGUGAGGCUCAGCCAGAAGGUGGGCUGGUGGGGGCACUCUAAUGCGGAGCAUUUGGGUAGCAAAUGUUGUUGGCCAACGGGAUGAUGGUGAGGUGAGCUCUGGAGGAAGGAAGACACAGGGCAGCGGUAGAUUCCUUCUGUUUCAAAAGCCUUCUAAAUAAGAGUUCAUUUCUCCCCUUUGGAACAUAAGACAUUUGUCUGCUCUGACUGAGAGUGGCCCUUGGGUCUUUCUCAGUCCCCUUGAUUUUUUUAUGGCGUUGCCAGGAUGAAUAUACAGUGGUACCUCUGGUUAAGAACUUAAUUCUUUCCAGAGGUCUGUUCUUAACCUGAAACUGUUCUUAACCUGAGGUACCACUUUAGCUAAUGGGGCCUCCCGCCGCAGCUGCGCCGCCGCACAAUUUCUGUUCUCAUCCUGAAGCAAAGUUCUUAACCUGAGGUACUACUUCCAGGUUAGUGGAGUCUGUAACCUGAAACGUCUGUAACCUGAGGUACUACUGUACCUGGAACCUUCUGCAGAGAAAUCACAUGGUCUGUCAACUGCUCCUUGGCCUUUCCUCCAAUCUCUCCCUACUUCGAUAUUUCUCACUCCAAUUAUGCAAUGAACCCCAAGCAGAUCAGGUGACCACUAAUUAAAAUAUCUAAUAGAGGUCAUGGAACCAGAGAUGGCCACAUUCUGUGCUGCUGCUAUAAAACUAAGGAGACAAGCUCUGAAUGAAUCUAAUGGCCAAUGUCUUAAUAUGCAUAUUUUAAAUUAGCGGCUAAGGUCUUAACCUACAUAUUUUAAUUGUUUUAUAUCUGUAUUAUUUUCCGGGCCCUAGCUUAUAGUGCCCAUUCAGCCCGGAAGCCUGAGGUCCUCCCCCGAGGGUCUUCUGCUGGUUCCCUCACUGUCAGAAGCGAGGUUACAGGGAACCAGGCAGAGGGCCCUCUCGGUAGUGGCACCCAUCCUGUGGAACGCCCUCCCAUCAGAUGUCAACCCGAGAUACACACCUAUCUGACCUUUAGGUGACAUCUGAGGCAGUCCUGUUCAGUGGUAGCCUUAAUGUUUGAUGCACUUAGCAUGUUCUGAUAGACUGCGAGCUAACCCAGAGAUAGCUGAAACCUAGCCAGAGGUGUAGGAACAUAUACUAUCAGGAUGAGAACAGAAAUAUAUGCAUGUAUGCAGAGUGCCCUAUUGCUGUAUAUGUCCGUAUUUCUGGUCUGUGACCAUAAUAAAUUCAUUCAUUCCCUACCUCAAGCCAUUUUUAAAGAACCUCCUACAGUUUUUGAAUGGUAUUCCCCAUAAUGCCCAACAGGCCACCCUUCUGUUCUCUCUCUUUCACUUUAGGAGAAUACAAACAUCUGCCUAACAGUACAGUGGUACCUCUCGUUGUCUGGGACCAUCAGCUGAACUGCUCUACAGGCAGCAACACUAGCAAAGUCCAUCAGAGCUAACUCCCUCCUAUGAACUGAGGCCAGGUUCUUGCCCCCACGCUGAUCACCUUAUCAUCCAAACACAGUAGUAUGACACAGUAUGGACUUGGAACAUAGCCCGAAGGGGCCUGUGCAGGAAGUAUCUAGCUCAUUUGCCUGCAACUAGUGCUUCAGGUUAAGAACUUUGCUUCAGAAUGAGAACAGAAACCUUUCUCAGUCCUCCCUGCGGAUUCUGGGGGUUGAAUCUGGCGGCGUCUGCAUGUAAAGCAGAUACUCUGCCCACUGAGCUAUGGUCCUUCGUUGCUAUAGGGCAGACAUGUCCAACCAGUCAACUGCGAUCGACAGGUAGAUCCCCGGGUGAUCAUGGUCGAUCGUGGGAUCCUUAUGGAUCGCGGCUUUAAAAGAACUGGGGAAUGAAUGUCUCUGCCCCCACCUUCCCUCUCUGUUCCCCUAUUGCGUCCAGUGGGCGGUGUUUGGGGGUUUUCUGUUGGCGAUUGGGAAUACGACAAUUGGUUCUAGCACAGUGUGCGUUUGUUAGCAACUGAGUUUCAGUUGAGCGAUUUAUGUUAUUCCCCCUUAAAAAAAGCUCAACAACUCUGCUCAACCCCCCCCCAAAGGGUCAACAACUCUGGUCAAUCCUCAAUGACAAUGGGUAGAUCACUGCCAGUUUAUUAAUACUGGGAGUAGAUCGCAGUCUCUUGGGAGUUGGAUGGGCCUGCUAUAGGGCAAAGAGGUGAAGGCAAAUUCUGCAAAUAAAAUUCGUCCACAGGAGGAAAAAGGGACCACAACGAAGGGGUAGCGGGCCUAAGAUUGCAUACAUGGUGAGGGGGCAGGUCUUUUCUGAACCCAAGGAAGUACCAAGAAAGAAAUUUAACACAUCCUUCAUAGAUUUAUCCAACAGUUCUGUCACGCACUGAAGCCCCUUCAGCUGUUAACUACUCCUGAGUAGGAUACAUCUUAUUGUAAAAUCACAUAAAAUAGAUUUCUAAUACGUGCAUAGGAGCCUUUAGCUCUUUUCCAAAAGCCUUUUUUUGAGCCCUUUAAAAGGCCACCCUUCUUUUCCGUGUUGUUCUCUCAGAUGGUAUUGUGGAAUACCUUGCAAAGCGAUGUCUGCUUUGCUGUUGUUUCCUAUUGCCUGAACAAGCUAAUUUCUUUUUAAUUGCUGCUCAUAAAAUAAAUUGCCUAUUCCUGCUGUUUUACUUAAUCGGCCUAAUGAAUGAGGUGGGACUUUUAUGCUAGUAAGAUUAUUUCCUCCCUCCCCUGGGUGUGGAAUGGGUGUGAUGGGCAAACUCCCACAUUCUGACCAUGGGCAUAGCCAUGAUUUAUUGGAGGGGCAGAAGCGAGUUAUCAGUGACACAGCUGGCCAGUUAGUUAAGUAUUUUUAUUUAUUUACUUGAUGGAGGGGCAGCUGCCUCUCUGGCUAUGCCCAUCAUUUCUGACUAGGGUUGCUACCUAUUUCACCAACCCUGAUCCUGUGCUUUUAAAAGCAAUCUGGGAUAAAUAAAUAAAAAAUACAGGUAAAUGUUGGUUUCCCAUCACUAUUUCCAUGCAGGAAAAAACUUUCCCUGCUUUACUUCUGUGUGUUGUCCCUAUUGUUAAAGGCAGAGGAGCUGGGGCAGUAAAAAUGUUGGCAGCUCUGCUCCCGGUUGGCGAAUGGUUUGUGUUUGUUGUGGUGUUUCUUACAACCGUUCCCCCAUGCCCAGAACAGGGAUGGGAAACCUGCGACCGUCCAGAAGUUGCAUCAGCCCCAGGCAGCAUAGCCUAAUGGUCAGCGAUGAUGGGAGCUGCUGCUCAGCAACACCUGGAAGGCCCACAGUUCCCCCAUCCCAACUCUGGAGCAAGAGGACAUGCAGAGGAACCAUCAAUCUCCACAGUUAUUUUACACCUCUCACGCCAACACUCCAUUCCCUUUAGGUCUCCUCUUCAACGACAUCUACUCCGCUUCCAAAUUUGCUGUGGAAGGUUUCUGCGAGAGCUUGGCCCUGCAGGCCCUGAAAUUUGGGGUCAAGUGAGUAUUAUGGGAUUGUGAGACAUCAUGACUGGGGUUCUCCUCCCACUGAGCUAGACUCCUGCAAGCCAGGUUAGUGUAGUGUGGUAGGAAGCAGCCCUGGUGAAUCAGUUAAUUGGUCUGCCUAGCUCACAGUUGUCUGCGCCCUUUUGCCCCCUCAGAUGUACACUAGUGGCCAAAAUUGUGGAAACCUUUUGGGAAAAGUGUAUUUCCAAGGUUUGGUGGCUCGUAACAACACUUAUUUUGGAGUAUUGCCAUAAAAUUAUAUAUCAGUGGAAAGAUAAUUUAAUGAAGAAUGUAAUGCAACAAAGUUUGUUCAAUUAUCUGUAUUCUAUCAAAAGUUGUAGCCAAAUAACCAGAGAAAGGAAGCACAACUUGCUUAGGUUGAUAUGCAGUGGAUUUCAUUCAUUUGAAUGUGGCCGAUGAGCAUGAAUGUUUAGCGAGCCAAUCAGGUGAAUUACAUUCUUCAUUAAAUUAUCUUUCCAUUGAUAUAUAAUUUUAUGGCAUUACUCCAAAAAAGUGGUGUUAUGAGCCAUCAAACCUUGGAAGUACACUGUUUCCAAAUGGUUUCUACAAUUUUGGCCGCUAGUGUAGUUGGACUCCAACUCUCAUCUCCAGUCAGCAUCAAGGAUGAUGGGAAUCGUAGUCCAAAAAGAUCUAGAGGGCAUCAGGUGGUAGGAACCUGAUUUACACACACACACACACAAAGUAUAAAUUUAAACACACAGGGCAGUAAUUAACUAAUGAGUCCCGUGUUCCCCUCUCCUCCUCCCACCAAAAAAGAAUUGGCUUCUCUUUCAGCAUUCUGAUAAUUUGCUUUCUGAUUCCCAUACUGCAUAAAAUUUUAGCAGAGUUUUUAUUUUAUUUUACAACUCUUUCGAAGAUUCUUAUAAUAACUUACCUCGUACAUAAAUAUUCUGUCCCGUGUACUUCUUUUGCAGGCCUUUAAUGGCAAAGCGCAGUGAUUCUUCACAGUUCUGUCCCUUAUGUUUGUGCAGAAAUCAACAUGCCACUUUUUGAAAUGGUUGUUCGCAGCCCAUUCUUCAGUCCUGUUAGAUUUCCAAAGCAAGGUUUGAUCUCCCACUGGAGAUAAUUUAAUAGCACAAAUUCUGCACAGAAAGGCAAAACCAAGACCAAGAGUCAGCAUUAAAAGGGAUCAACAUACCACUACUCAUUAAAGGCCUAUCCAAAAAGCAAGUCUACAUAAAUGGUUCAGAUACCUAGAUCUGCCCUGCAGUGACAGGAAGCUUAAAAGGAACGGAAAAGGCUUGAUCAGCAGGAGCCCACCAGCCUUGCAGGGGGCGUCUGAUCCAACAGUUCUUAAAUUUAUUAGAGGAAUUCCUAAAAGGCCUUAGAAUAUAGAGGAGAUGUUUUAACAAACUACAGGUGCUAGGGAGCAUUAUUUAAAUGCUGGAAGCUUCUGGUUAGUGGUUAAAAAAAAUGCUUUAAUGCCCAAUCCUACACACAUCUGGUUGGAAGAAAAUCCCACUGAGAUCACUGGGACUUGUUUCCAUGUGUAUCCAGCCCACAGCAGGCAAAGAGCAGGCACAUAGAGAGGUCUCUUUCUUCCUCUCUAUCCUUAGGUUAGGAGGUCUGUCUGUGUGUACACAUCCCUUAUGCCAGUCCUCCCUUUUGCCCAGAUGCAAGUUAUUCAUGUUCCCAGUGGAACUAAGAUCAGCACAUUUGCAGCAUUCUUUUUCCACAGUGAGAGGCUUUAUAUAACAAAUAACAGAGGCAUCUAUACUGGACAUGCGUAGGGGAGGGGAGUAAUAAAAGGUCACACCAUGAAUUGUUGGGUUUUUUUGUAAGGGGUGUACGCUGGCUGUGUAUGAUGCUUAAGCAAAGGGGGAAUUUUUACUGAGAUACAUUGAUAAAUUAGAUAAGAAUAACGGUGGGCACCUGCAAUCAAAUAUUGUCGGGUACCCCUAACAGGAGUGUUUAUUUCUGGUCUCUAGCCAGCCUGGCUGCCUCCCCUCGAAAAUGAUAUUGUCAGGCUGGGAAAAAGUUAAGAAAAUGGCAACUGGGAUGCACAAGGGGAUGGAGCGAGUCCCCUAUGAGAAACAGUUGCAGAGUUGGAGACUUGUUUGUCAUGAUAGAAGUGUGUAAAACUGUGCAUGGCACAGUGAAACUGAAUAGAGAAAAGAUUGUUUUUCCUCCUUUUCUCAUAAACAUCCAACAAAACUGAAUGUUGGAAGAUUCAGGACGAAUAACUCCAUGAAGUUCAUAGUUGAACUAUGGCACUUUCUCCCACAGGAGGCAGUGCUGGCCACUAACUAAAUGCCUUUAAAAGAGACAAAUUAUCAGAGGAUAAGCUAUCAAUGGCUAGUAGUCGUUAAGGCUAUGCUCUGCCUUGAGAGUUCAAGGCAGCCAUACUUCAGAAUACUAGUUGCUAGAAGCAACAGGAGGGCCCUGUUGUGGGAGGGGUGUGGAUGGCGCUGUGGUCUAAACCACUGAGCCUCUUGGGCUUGCCAAUCGGAAGGUUGGCGGUUCAAAUCCCCGCGACGGAGCGACCUCCCAUUGCUCUGUCCCAGCUCCUACCAACCUAGCAAGUAGCUAAAUAGGUACCACAGUGACAGGAAGGUAAACGGCAUUUCCAUGCGCUCUGGUUUCUGUCACAGUGUUCUGUUGCGCCAGAAGCAGUUUAGUCCUGCUGGCCACAUGACCCGGAAAGCUGUCUGUGGACAAACGCCGGCUCCCUAGGCCUGAAGUGAGAUGAGCGCUGCAACCCCAUAGUCGCCUUUGACUGGACUUAACCUUUUACCUGUUGUGGGUUUCCCACAGGCAUCUGAUUGGCCACUGUGAGAACAGGAUGCUGGACCAGGUGGGCCAUUGGCCUGAUCCUGCAGGCCCUUCUUAUAUUCUUCUCUUUGUCAUUACAUUUCUUAUUUUCUUAUGUUUGGCCCUCUUAGGAGGAGGGCAAACAGCUUUUCAAGAAGGACACUUCUGUUUGGUCUUUCCUGCCUAGAAACAACUUCCUGCUGCAUUAUUACCGUAUUUUUCGCUCUAUAAGACGCACCAGACCACAAGACGCACCUAGUUUUGGGAGGAGGAAAACAAGAAGAAAAAAAAUCUGAAUCUCAGAAGCCAGAACAGCAAGAGGGAUCACUGCACAGUGAAAGCAGCAAUCCCUCUUGCUGUUCUGGCUUCUGGGAUAGCUGUGCAGCCUGCAUUCGCUCCAUAAGACGCACACACAUUUCCCCUUACUUUUUAGGAGGGAAAAAGUGAGUCUUAUAGAGCAAAAAAUACAGUAUAUCUGAGCUAAAGUGCUCAGGUUCAGCACUAAAGUGGAACACUUAAUUGCUAUAUAUUUGUAAGGGAGGCACCUGGAUGUUUGCAAAGGGAAAAGUGUCCUUUUUCUUUUCCCUCCCCUUCCUGAAAUCUGCCCACGCAGUGCAAGAAGGGGGGAUUUUUUCUUUUAUUCGUUUACUAAAUAAACCUUUCCCUACACAAUGCCCAAGGCAGCUGGCAAUAAAAUAUGUAGUUAAAAAGUAACCAGUACACUUAACAAAUAACAUAAUAAGCCAUAACAUGGUAAACUUCUUAGAGAAUUUUGCAGUUAAGUGCUCUAUGAGUCUUUCUAAACAAACAAACAAUAAAAGAGCCAAAACUCAGUAUAAUAAAGUCAGAGUAGAUAAAAGAUAAGACAGCAGGAGCAGCAAGUUGAAAACGUGUUUAAGUUUAAAUAACGGAACAGCAAUACCAAACAAAUCAGUUCAGUAAGGGCAAUGCCUGCUUAAACAGGAGAAGGUUAUAAUAUCGUCGUUGCCAUGAUUACUUAUACCGUCCAUCCAAAGAUCAUGUUCACAACAUAAAAAUACAAAAUGAGAACACAAAAUACGGAAUAAAACCAAAACAAACCUAUAACCCCCCUCCUACAAACACAUUUAAAAGGCCACAGCAUGUUAAUCAGCCAAAGGCCUAGUCAAGAGAAAUGUUUUCACCCAGUACCUAGAGAGCCACCCUGGGGAGUAAAGGUAAAGGUAAAGGGACCCCUGACCAUUAGGUCCAGUCGUGGCCGACUCUGGGGUUGCGGCGCUCAUCUCGCUUUAUUGGCCGUGGGAGCCGGCAUACAGCUUCCAGGUCAUGUGGCCAGCCUGGCGAACCAGAGCAGUGCACAGAAACGCCGUUUACCUUCCCGCCGGAGCGGUACCUAUUUAUCUACUUGCACUUUGACGUGCUUUUGAACUGCUAGGUUGGCAGGAGCAGGGACCGAGCAACGGGAGCUCACCCCGUCGUGGGGAUUCGAACUGCCGACCAUCUGAUUGGCAAGUCCUAGGCUCUGUGGUUUAACCCACAGCGCCACCCGCGUCCCUACCCUGGGAAGAGCAUUCCACAAAUGGGGAGCCACUGCAGAAAAGGGCUGUUCUUGUGUUGCCACCCUCUGGACCUCUCAUGGAGGAGGCCCAUGAAGAAGGGCCCCCAGAGGAUGAUUGCAGGGUCAGGGUUGGUUCGUAUGGGGAGAGGCGGUCUUUGAAGUACUGCAGUCCUCCUGUGCCGUUUAAGGUUUUAUAGGUCAAAACCAACACUUUGAAUUGGUCCCGGAAGCUAAUUGGCAGCCAGUGCAGUCGGGCCGGGUUUUGUGUGAUAUGCUCAGACAGUCUUGCCCUGGCGAGCAACCUAGCGAUGAGUAGGUUAGAGAGGUUCCAAAGUCAGGGUACAGCCGCCACUGAGAAGCCAUUUCUUGAGUUCCACCAAACACAAUUCACAUGCCAUGAUGCUCACGGAGUCUGAAAUCCCACAAAAGUUCUGUAAGCUGUUAAAAACACAAGCAGGCCAAUUCUAUGCCUUGCACUCAUUUUCUUUUUACACACACCCUGUAGUUCCUGGAUGCCUACUGGCUAUUCCCUCCCCCACCACAAAAAAUAAUAAUUUACCAACUCAUAUUCUUCUCCGUAGCUGGCUAUUUGCCCAAGAAGACUGAAACCCUCACCUUAUUUUUGGGUAACCCUUCCACCCCCCAAAAAAGUUCACUUUUGAACUGAUAUGUGCAGGACCACCCAAGUUCAGUAUUAGCAUGGAGGACGAUGAAUGAAACUUUUCCUUUCAUGUGCCUGAGGCUUCAAGGUUGAAAGAAGGCAUGAGAGAUAUGUCCUAAUUAAAUUCACAUUCCUAGUGUAGUGUUUUGGUUUGAGUUCAUUUUAGUCUGCUCUGUCUGAAUAUCUGUAAAAUUUCUCUGGUUUUAGCACUCUGUUUUAUUAGUUUGUUUGUUUUUUUGUGGACUGAAAGGCAGGAUGUAAGUAUUUUCAUUUAUCUGCAGAACUUGCGCAGAAUCUUUAAUAUAGCCCACAUAGACUCCCUGGUGGCAGAUAAAUUUUUGAAAAUUGAGGGGAAAGAGUUAAUAUAAAAGGACUCCCUGGUGAACCAAAAUUAUACAGCCUUAACUCCACAGUGUGUUUUCUCUCAGGUGAAUUUGGUCAGUUUUGCUUACCAGGUGUUAUAAGAAAAAACUGCUCCUUUUUCCCUUCUGGGGUAUCCAAGAGCCUGCAUAGAGUCCUUAAGUAGGUUCUCUGUCAGUAGGAGAAAAUAACAGAGGCCAACCAGAGAAUAUUGAGAAGCAAAGCAGCUAGUAAGCCUGAUCUUUAUUAAACUGUUGCAACAGGGUCUCCCACUCCCCCCACGCAGGGAAGGAGGAGAGGAGCCCAGAACAUUGGUGUGCAAGCUCCUAUAUAGACUUUUGAAAUUGCCUACCCUGUAUCUCAGGACCACGCCCCAAAAACAUCAUACAUACAUCACAGAAAGAGGUGGCCCCCAGCAGAAAUUUGAGUGUGUUGCUUCUCUCCUGUCUGCCAGGAUACCUGAUAAUGCCUUAUUAUCUGAUUGCCUUUUCUGGGUAGCGUAGCCUGGCCAUUCCUUUGAGAUGGUAAAUACUUAGUUCCUGAAUCUCUUACGCAUAUUGAUAGUGUGCUCAGCUUAACAGAUACUUGCCAGACUGUAUUUACAGGGAGGUGUGAGCCCCUGCAGUCCAAAGACAAUUAGAAAGCUUUCCCCAUUUCCUUCCUCCUUGCAGAGAAAUAUUUGAGGUCAAUUUGGGAGAGUCAAAAUGGCUUCAGGAUUGUUCUCCUGUACUGUUUCAGACACGUGGUUUAUAUACUUAUGUGUUUGCCUUGUACAUUUAUGAACAUUUAUUAUAUAUAUAUAAGACCUUAGAAUUCCUAUAACACAGGUAUCGCGUUUUGUGUGGACAGCCCAUUCUUUAGGUCAUUAUCGGCGCAAGACUGAGCAGGACAGAAUGUGCUAAACCCAGAUAGUAGUCUACUAAAGCAGAGAUGAAGUGAUCGGCCUGAAUGCCAGAGGGCUAUAGGCAAAAUCCAUGCUGGCUGGUGAAGCUCAGUCAUGUGAAGGCAGGCAGUGUCCCCCCCCACCCCCCCAGUUUCUCAGCUCAGCAGACGGUGAAGUUCAUUAGUUCCAAUUACCGCUUGUUUCAUUCUGCAGCAUCAGUUUAAUUGAGCCUGGGCCAGUGAUAACAGAAUUCGAGAGGAAGCUCUAUGAAGAAGCAGCCAAUAUGGACCUCUCUCAGGUGGAUAAAGAAACGCUGGAUAUAUUUCAGGGCUUCUACAUGGCCUAUUCCAAGGAAGUCUUCACUGCGCUGGGGCAAUCUCCAGAAGAGGUGGCUGAGGUAGGAUUAUAAGCUUUCUCCCUUGUUCCUCUCAAGCCCACAGGAAAGCUAGCUGGGAUCUGCUUCUGGGGGGGAAGGGAACGGGCUGCCCAGCCUCGCUCAUUAUUAUGGCAGAGCUUUCCAAACUUUUCAUGUUGGUGACACACUUUUUAGACACGCAUCAUUUCGUGAUGCAGCAAUUCAGUUUUACUGGUAAACUGGAGGUUAAACUAACCCCUUAUAAGAGCGUGGGGAGCGUUUGCGUGACACACCUGCACGCUGCAGCCAACACACAACAACAACAAUAAAAUAAAAUAAAAUAAAAUUUACUCUGCCCAUCUGGCUGGGUUUCCCCAGCCACUCUGGGUGGCUCCCAACAGAAUAUUAAACAGAAUAAAACUUAGAGCCAGUGUGGUGUAGUGGUUAAGAGUGGUUAAGUCUUGUAAUCUGGGGAACCGGGUUCGUGUCUCCGCUCCUCCACAUGCAGCUGCUGGGUGACCUUGGGCCAGUCACACUUCUCUGAAGUCUCUCAGCCCCACUCACCUCACAGAGUGUUUGUUGUGGGGGAGGAAGGGAAAGGAGAAUGUUAGCCGCUUUGAGACUCCUUAGGAUAGUGAUAAAGCGGGAUAUCAAAUCCAAACUCUUCUUCUUCUUCUUCUAAAACUUCAAACAUUAAAAACUUCCCUAAACCAGGCUGCCCUCAGAUGUCUUCUGAAAGUUAGGCAGUUGUCGCAACACACAGUUUUGAAAGCUCUGGCUUAUAUUGGCCCAUUGUUCCUUCUAACAGCAACCUUCGGUGCUGAGUGCCACUAGGCUUGUAGCUCGAACAGAGCCACUGAGUAAUAAGAUGGAGGUGCCCCAAGGUGUGCAUAAGUGCAAUGCUUUAAAAGUGGUGCUGGUGCCGGUAAGAACCCCAAAACUUCCCAGUGAGGCCUGAGAACACUUAGUAGCCAUUAAUGUAGAGGGAAAGAAAAGAGAAACUAUUAAAAUGGGGCGGGGGGGAGAGAAGUAGAAUGCCUUGUUUAGAGGUAAGAGCUGACUAGAAUCCUAAAUCAGGAGGGAAGUUGUGCCACAAUAUUUUGUUGCAGACAGCCCUUGCUAGGUUUAAAAUUGCUGCCACUUUGAUCUGUGGUUCAGCUGCAAGAAGCAUCAGCACCCUCGCAGCAGGGUGCUUAAUAAUAAUAAUAAUAACACAGUAAUAAUAAUAAUAAUACAGUAAUAAUAAUAAUAAUUUAUUAUUUAUACCCCACCCAUCUGGCUGGGUUUCCCCAGCCACUCUGGGCAGCUUCCAACAAAAGAUUAAAAAUACAUUAAAACAUCAGUCAUUAAAAACUUCCCUAACAGGGCUGCCUUCAGAUGUCUUUGAAACGUCAGAUGGUUGUUUCGAAAAAAUAGUCAUGCCACUGUUUCCUAGUGGUGCAGCAAUAAAAUUGCUACCACAUUUGCAAAGCUAAGCAGGGUCUGAUAUGGUUUCAAAUUGGAUGGGAGACUGUGUGUUGAGAUUCUUGCAUGGCAGAGGGUUGGACUAGAUGGCCCUCGGGGUCCCUUCAACUCUGUGGUUCUAAGAUGCAGCAUAAUUCCCAGUUCUUGGUUUGAAAACAGAUAGCUCCCUCCACCGGCCAAUGUAGCUGGGUAACAAUUAAUGAAGGAAUUCAACUCUUUGGUCAGAAUCUAUGGCAGACCAUCAUCCCACUAAGAGGUUGUGGGUGAUGAUUUCUUGAAGCAAAUGUCCAAGAAGCAGGAAAUGGAUAGUAAUGUUUUAGGGAAGUAAAACGUGAUAAGCUAAGAGAAGUGCUUUGCUGAUAUUCAGCAAAGUAGAUCUGAGGAGCCAGAACAAUUAUUUGCUGUGAAGCCUGUAGUAUUUAUACCCUCAUAAACAAAAGCUUCAGACAAAUUGAACAAUUGAUUGCCUCAAUUCCGACUAUAUUUAGAUGCUUUCUGGAGAGUCAGGAUGAAGUGAGUCCCAACCCAGAUAGCGUUUUCUUUUGUGGAGACAUGCAGUGAUAGUCACUGAUUACGUUUGGACUUGAACAAUAGGCUCAUCUCCUAUUUUUGUAUCUCCUUGAUUAAAUUGCCAAAGGUCACGUUCCAUGUGUAUAUGUGACUUCCAGUCUUGGGCACAAUGAGGUGAUUGGUUUAACUCCUCCAGCCCCCUUUGCCAUCAGGUCUCAAUCAGCCUCCUUGCAUCAUAUACACGGAAAAGUACAGUACCUUGUACACAGAUCUGUUAUACUGUGGGCAGACUAGAAAGCACUUCAAACGGAAACAAGGUUAAAGCCAUAUUGUAUGCAAAAGUGCAAGGCUGCUGCCGUGUUGCCGUUUGCGGUGGCGACAGUGACUCCAGUGUGGUGCCAGAACAGCAGGGAGGCAAGGGGGGAAGCAGCCCAGGUUGCAGGCAGCCCCCCAGGUGAGCUGCUUAAAGGAGGGCGAAAGGCAUUCUUUUAAAAGGCUGCAGCGGGGUUUGUGGUGGGUUUCAGAGAGCAGUUUGAAGUUAAAAGGGCUUGAGCUUAGGAGCAGACUGUGAGGAGAGGAGAGGUUUGGGUGAGUUAUGAGGGGAUAGGCAAGGGGGUGGGUGGCAUCUAAAGGGGGAGGGCUUGGCCAGGUGUGGGGGGAGUGGGGAUGGCAAAAGGGUGCCAGCGAGCAGAGCAAACAGGUGGCAACCCCUAGUGGUAACAUACAGGAAUAUUGGGGUGGAGUGCUUCCUAGUCUGCCCACAGUAUAACAGAUCUGUGUACAAGGUACAGUACUUUUCCAUGUAUAAGAUGCCCCCUAUUUUGAGGGACUUAAAUUUAAGAAAAUGGGGGGAGAUGGCAGCACAGAGUUGUUGAGCUUUUGUUGUUGAGCUGAAAAUCACUCCCCCUCAUGCAUCCCAAAAUCCGCCUCUCAUCUGUCCCCUCACUGGCACAAGCUGCCAAUUGCUCACCCAAUUGCUGCAGCGUCAGCCAGUCAACACCACCCAUUGAUGCAGCAACCAAUAACACGCACAAUAGCUACAAACAGCCGCGGCAGCAACCCAUCAAACAUCCACCCUAUGCGCUACCCAUGUAUAAGAUGACCCCCAUUUUUUAGCAUGCUUUUAAAAGGAAAAAACCGUUGUUGGGUCCCUGCUCCUGCCAACCUAGCAGUUCGAAAGCACGUCAAAGUGGAAGUAGAUAAAUAGGUACUGCUCCGGCGGGAAGGUAAACGGUGUUUCCGUGCGCUGCUCUGGUUCGCCAGAAGUGGCUUAGUCAUGCUGGCCACAUGACCUGGAAGCUGUACGCUGGCUCCCUCGGCCAAUAAAGCAAGAUGAGCGCCACAACCCCAGAGUCGGUCAUGACUGGACCUAAUGGUCAGGGGUCCCCUUUAGCCUUACCUUAUACAUGGAGACGUACGGUAUUUUAUUUACUUAUUCCUGAAUUGGGCCAAAGGCACAGUUUCCCUUGUAUAAAAAUAAUAGGUGACAGUCUGUUAUUGGUUAUCAAAAAUACUGACACAGGAUAUAUGGUUGCCUAUUGUUAAAUUCUGAUGAAAAGUUCCUAAAAAAUUAUUUAUUUAUAAAUGUGUGUGUUUUUUAAUCUUUUUAAAAUAUAUAUAUAUAUUAUUUUGACAAAGUAAUAAUCAUAAAUAAAUAAGAAUAAAAAUAUGCACCCCACCACGAGACCAUUCCAUUGUAACUAUCCAACCUCCCAAAAUUUCAACACCUCUUGCGAUGGUUUGACCCCUUUCUAUUUUAACAGUACAAAAUCUACAAACACCUUCCAUAUCUCCUCGGAAUCAUUUCUCCUGCAUAUUCCCCGUCUUACUUUAAUAGCGCAUGUCAAUUUAUCAUUAGUGUGUUUAAUCUUGACUAUGUGCAGGCUUUCAAAAUGAAUUCUGCCUUUCCUGCAGCAAUCUCUUUGCACCCCUUGCUGAAUUCUGAAAGGGCGAUCGUGGCUGAGUGUUGUUGUGGUUGUUUUCUAACCUUCUGCUUCGCACUCCUCCUGGCAGCAUACUAUGAAAGUGAUCACCUCAGAGAAGCCUCCAUUCCGGUACCAAACCAACAGCCUCUACACGCCCAUCACCACCCUCAAGCACGCUGACCCCAGUGGGAACUUGCCCCUCAACGCCUUCCAUCAGAUGAUCUUCCAGCACGACCGGCUCUUCAAAGCCAGCCUCAGCCUUCUCAAAAUGCUCCAGUGGAGGAAGAGGCGGGACAUGGAGCACAGCAGGUCCCCCUGAGAGGAAGCGGCUGACCCGCCUCAGAGCCUCUCACUUCCACAGCCCACUCGCAGGCUUUCUAGAGAGUUUAGCAUUGAAUCCUGGGCGGCAUUAUACUCCCUAGAUGCCGGGGCAGCCCUACUAUGAGGCAAAGUGAGGCAGCCCUUGCCUCAGGCGGCAGAUUCUGGAUGUCUCAUGGAGGCAAAGUCUGAUCCAUUGGGUACCAUCGACUGGGGAGGUGAUACGCUCUGAUAGUUCACGUUCUUUUCGGUUUCGAUUCUGCUGCAUUCCUGUCAGUUAACAAUAGGAAGGUGCCAUUACGUUCCGUAGGGUUUGUUGUCGUCUUUGCCCUUGAGCACCAGAAAUCCUGAGCUGAUAAAUUAUUGGCUGCCGCUGAGGUCUUGCAAGUCUCCUCACAGAAGCGGGCAAGGAAACCCAGCCUUCUGCUGCAGAAGAGCGCCCCAACAUCCUGCACAGGACCUGCCUCAGCAUCAUGUCCUCUCUGAACAUUUAAGAAUCUCAUUACCAGAAGUAGCCUGAAAUGUCAUCUAGUCUAACCGAGGCAAGCAGCAGGAUUUGGUUAGAUUAUGCAUUUUAUUUAUGCUUUUCACAGGCUUGAAUUUUAAGGAUCAAAGAGAAAGGAGGUACCAAGCCCUCAUAGGCCAUCGAAUAACUUGGGAAAGGGCCAAUUCCUCCACUUUCUAUGUUCCAGUAGCCUAUGCUUUGUUCUCCACCAGGAUAGACAACAUGUCGCCCAUGUUGUCAGUCUCCCAUCAGCCUCUGCAAGUAUGACCAGUAGUUGCUGCUGAUGGGAGUUGUAGUACAACCACAUCCGCAGGGCACAACAUUGGCUGCCCCUGUUUUGCACACUAUGUACAGCAGUCUUCCCCAACCUGAUGUUCUCCAGAUGUUUUGAUUACAACUCCCAGCACCAGCAGAGGCUGUGAGGGUUGCAACCAAAACAUCUGGAUAACACCAAGUUGGGGACAUCUGCUUUAGAGCUGGGGAAGCUGUCAGCCUCCAGAUGUUGUGGAACUGCCAGCUCCCCAUCAUCCCUAAGCCUUGGCAAUGCUGUCUGGGUCUCAGCAGUUGGAUUUGGUUGGCCACAGUUUCCCCUGCCCUUGUAUUCUGGAGCCAGGUAGCAUUCUGGAGCCCAUACCACUUUAGCCCUGCAAGUAGGAUUGCCAUAUAUUUUUUUCAUCUUCCUUUAUGUAAAAUAAGAAAAUUAAGACUCUGCACAUAGUAAACUGGCAUGUCAGUCAAGGGUUUUAGCAGAGCAGUCUCUGCUGAUAUGCUAGCUUACUGCAUGCAAGGAGAUUUAUAGGAGUGAGAGAAUUACCAGCGCUAUACAAAGCCAGACUAUCUGAUCGUCUAGCCCACUACUCUGAUAGCUUCCUCUGGCUUAUGCUGACUUCCCACCACCUACUAUUUGAACCUUUUAACUGGAGAUGCCAGAAACUGGGGACCUUCUCCGUGCAAAACAGGUGCUUCGCUUCUGAGCUUUGCCACCUCCCCUUCAUUAAAAACAUGGCCCUUACCACAUGUGUAAUCCAAAGUGGAUUUCUCCAGAAUGCAAUCACACCUGUCUUAUCUCAUUCUGCCUAAUGGAGGGACCAACUUGAGGACAAGCAGGAAUAUAACCAAGAAUCUGGACUUCUACCUGACUGACCUCCCCUUAGGAUUCCUGCUGGAGAUGUCAAGCAACUCUUGGCAGUCUUGGACCAGCUCUGAAGUCAGGGCUGGGGGGAGCUGUGGCCUUCCAGAUGUUGGUGAACCACAUCUCCUGCCCUUGACCAUUGGCCAUGCUGAUUGGGGCUGAUGGAAGUUGAAGACCAACAAAACCUGGAACGCCACAGUCUCUCCAUCACUGAUCUAGAGCAACUCUCAGAAUGGAGAAGCCGUCAUGAGAACAAGUCUAUGAAGCAGCUUUUAAGGCUGAAAAAGAAAUUGCAAUUCCAGUUUUAUUUUCUUAACGUAACCAGGAGGAGGAGGAAAACUGAGGGAGGCAUUGGGGUGAAAGCAGAGAUAGGAAUCCUUUUAAAAAAAGGAUGAGGAAGGGAAAAUGCUCUUGCUUCUUGGACCAACCGUGACUGAAUAUAGGGGGACAGGAGAACAAUGAUAGGAAAAGAUGCUGACAUUCCACUAGCUUAAAUAAACCAAGCGGUCGUUCGGGCAGCCCUACAUCUUAGAAAGCACCAACAGGAGAGCAUUUUCUGCAACAUUGCAAAGAAUGGCAAAGCACACUUCUCAGAUUGUCUGGCUUGGCUAGUCUAGUAUGGGGAUUGUUGAGAGUGCUAGAUUUGGGUCAGAGGGCCCUGGGUUCAAACCUUUGCUCUGCCAUGGAGUUAGCUGGGUCUCCUUCAGCCAGUCACUGUCAGUCAAACCUACCUUGAAGGCUUUAUUGUGAGGAGAAAAUGGGAGAGAGUUACCUGUUCUGGCCUGAGUCUCAUGGAUGAAGAUUAGGAUUAAAAUAUAAUAAUUAAAAUAUCCUAAGUAGAACUGCCCCUUUUCUGUGUCUUUUUUACAUACAUCCUAUAUCCAAAUCUCUAUCAGUGUGGGUGGAACAGGGGUUUCCAACCCACAAGGGAGUGGACCAGUUAGGUAAUUUAGGUAUAUUCUUGAGGCGGGGUUUGUGUGAGAGAGAGAUUCAGGAGAGAAUCCUGUUUCCAAAUCCAAAUGAUCUUCCAAUUUAGGGACACUGGCUGGUUUUAUUGAGAAACUGUCAAAUAGCACCAUCUUGUGCACCUUUACUCAGAAUUAAGUCCCAUUAAGUUAUUUGGGGCUUACUUCCUGGUAAUUGUCUAGGAUUGGCGCCUGAGUUGUGCACAUUCCACCAUGCAGUAGUCUCUUAAAUAAAUACUUUUGUACAGGAAUUGGCUGCUUUGAUACCUAUUUGUGUCUUGGUUGAUUAGUAGUCAUUGUUUAUUGGUUUGCUAUAUUUCCUGUAAAUUCCACCAAAGAACUUAAUGGGGGAGGGGGCUUGACUGGGGGGAGGGAAGAGAAAUGUUAAUUGUGUGCUUCACAACUAAAGCAACACAUUUGUUGUUGUUUAGUCGUGUCCGACUCUUUGUGACCCCAUGGACCAGAGCAUGCCAGGCACUCCUGUCUUCCACUGCCUCCUACAGUUUGGUCAAACUCAUGUUGGUAGCUUCGAGAACACUGUCCAACCAUCUCGUCCUCUGUCGUCUCCUUCUCCUUGUGCCCUCAAUCUUUCCCAGCAUCAGGGUCUUUUCCAGGGAGUCUUCUCUUCUCAUGAUGUGGCCAAAGUAUUGGAGCCUCAUCUUAAGGAUCUGCCCUUCCAGUGAGCACUCAGGGCUGAUUUCCUUCAGAAUGGAUAGGUUUGAUCUUCUUGCAGUCCAUGGGACUCUCAAGAAUCUCCUCCAGCACCAUAAUUCAAAAAGCAACACAUAUGGCAGUCUAAAGUGUAUGGAUCAGGGAAAGACCAUUACUUUCUGAAUCCAUGUGUGGAAGACUCACAGCUGGCAGAUCAUUCUGCCAACUCCUGUUAUUUUGGGGUUUUGCAAGAGUGACCAACAGAGUAUAAGAACAAUCACAGAUUCUUGUGGCACCUGAAGGCACUAACACAUUGAUUAGGGCAGAAGAUUUCACAGGCCCACCUUGUCAGAAGAUGUAUCCGUUAAAAAUCUUUAGCGCAUUCAAGAAAUUGAAUCCCUCCUGCAAAACAUCUGGAGAACAGCAAACUACAGCCUGGAGACCAGACCAUCCCAUUCCUCCCAAGGCCUUCCUGCCCUGCUGUCGCACUAAGAACCUCCCAAUCUAUUGUUUUAAAGAGGCAUUUUGGGUGGCUGGAGUUGAGAAAGUAGCAAUGUAAGGGCCCCAUUUUUAAAUUUUUAUUUUGAAUAUCCACUUGCUAAGCUGCUGGGGUAAAGGGAGGACACAAAUUUUAAAGAUGCUUCGAGUGAUAAAAUUAUUUAUUUUUAUUUUUAUUUUUAUUUAUUUAAUUUCUAUACUGCCCUAUACCUGAAGGUCUCAGUGCGGUUCACAUAAAAUAUUAAAUACAUAAAAUCAAAACAAAAACAACAACCCAAUUAAAAAACCCCCAAAAGACCCAGCAUUUUAAAAAGGGUAUAGGAUGUAGAUUAAGUCAGGCAAAGGCCUGGUUAAAAAGGAACUAUGGCCAAACUAUCACAGGAAAGCUUUUUAAGAGACAUUUGUUUUGUAUUGGGGUGGCUUGUACUUCAUCCAAUAGGCCAUAGCAAUAUGUAGUAGUAAUACAGGGCUCACGUGUUUUGCAUGUAAAUAAAUGGGCUACAGAAGCGGAGAUGUUUUAAUGAAAAUGUUCUGGGAUGGCGCCUGGUGUGGAGCAGCCUAGGAAGCCCCUGUGUUCAAAUGUUGUCACCGCCAUUAGGUCACUAGAUGAUCUUAGUCAAGUUCCUUAGCCUCAGCCUGCUCCCAUCUGCAAUACAGGGAUACUAUAUAAGGUUAGAAGAAUCACAACAAAUUAUAGCAUACUUUAAAUACUAUAUAAAUGCUAGAUAUUAUUAACCAUGUACUUGUAGCAAGUAACAGACCUUAAUAAUAAUUUAUAUCCCGCCCUCCCCAGCCGGAGCCGGGCUCAGAGCAGCUAACAACAGUAAAAUGAUACAAUAUUCUAAAAUCAUUUCAUUAUAAAAUCAGUUCAAAUCAGGUUAAUAGCAACCAUUGGGCUAGAGUUCUGUGAGGAUUGCCAAAGGAGGGGGUCAGGCUGAAUUGAUCACCAUGUGCAAGCUCUGGAAUUAAUCUCUGUGAGACAAAGGUGUAGGGGUUUUACUGAAACUACUGUAUUUCCAUCGUUUUGGAAAGAGAUGAGGGAAUCAGCAGUGUUGUGCAGUAGGCAACAGCUGUUCCUUGUGGCUGAGUCUUGCUUCAAUAAACCAAAAGGGUUACCAUUUUAAUGCCACCUAUCUGACGUUCCAUCUAUGUCUCUACAUUAAUCAAUCUGGCAUAACUUAUCACCUCGUUAGAAUUAUUGAUGGAGAGAAGAGCCAUCAAGUUGCUGUCCAGUCAGCAUUGAAAGGAUGGGAAGAUGAGCCACUCUUGAUUGAGCCAACUGCCAUUAGGACUGGGUUUUCAAUGACUAUGUAUUCUUGGAACACACAGGAAGAAAACAAAACUUCUUGACUCAGCAUAGUUUUUACUCUUGAGUCACUGGCUCCCCCAGCCGCCGCCACUACCCCUCCUAGUCACCAUGGCAACGUGAUAGGAUUCUAUGUGCAACCCUGCAUGAAUUUCACAGCAUUUUUGUAGAUAGUCCUUCCACAUUCCUUCUGAUACUGGUUCAUUCCGAAGGUUAUGAGGAAGUUAAAUUUCCUGAGGUCAGCGACAUGGGAAACUGGAGUGACGCUCAUUGCCAUUGGGGUUGAGGAUGGUUUUGCUGACAGCAAGGUUUUCUAGUUCUUGUGGAGAGACAGCUUUGUCUUGCUUAUUCCACUGAAGGAUGCCUUGGUGAUCUCAACAGUCCAUUGUUUUUCUGCUGAGCGAGAAGUUUAUAAGAAACAAUGGUGUGUAUGGAAGGGCACAUUUAUGCCAUUCAGUUGCAUUAAUUCAGAAUAACUGCUUCCUUCACUUGUUACUUAUUUUAUAAAAUAAAAUGGGAUGCAAUUUCAAUACAGCAAUUAACAUACAACAGUAAAAACAACAACACACAGUUCAGAUUAAAUCAACAAUUCAAGAUUAUUGCAGUAGUCAAACUACAACAAUCAUCACCCCAGGACAUACUGGUUGGGGCAGCUGGGAGUUCGAAUCCAACAGAACUGGGUCACAGACUCCACCAUCUGGAACUCUCUGCAUCUAGUGGACAUGAGUUCGAUGCCCAGUUGUAUGGAAAUAAGAAGCAGACCCUUUCCUGAAGAUUGCACCACCCCAGAAGAUUCAUACGAGUGAUAAUGUUCUGUGAGAGGUCCUGGGCCCAGGCUAUUUAGGAUUUUAUAACUUCCGUCCUAUGCAUUGUUACUACAUUGAGCACAGUGAGUCUUACUCCUCAGUAAAUGUGUAUUGGAUUGGGUCACAUGGGCAGUACCAUAAGCUAAGCCCAGAAACCUACUAGCAAUCAGUGGCGCCCCUUCAGAGGGGAAUAAAAUAUUCCAUACUAUGGCUAACUCCAACCAAUCGCUGGGCAACUGUGUUCAAGGGUAGAACCAUGCAGAGCUCACUGUAGUAAUCAAACCAGAAAGUUGCUACCCUGUGAAGAGUGGGCAGCAGGGACACUUGUCCACCAGGAGAGGGCACAGUUGGCAUACCAUCUGAAGCUGGCAAAAAGGACCCAAUCCAACUAUAAAAUUGAACCUGAUCCUUAAGG